GAUGAUUCGAAAAAUGUAAACAUUGACAGUAUGACAGUGACAGUCAUUUGAAAAAUUACUUUCGCUUCGUUCUCGGCUUCAGAAAGAAAGCUUGUUAUUUUUAUAAUUAUUUUCUAGCCCACUUUAUGCUUGAUGCAUACUUUAUUAUUAUUAGUGACUAUUAAUAGACUAACUAUGAAUAAUUGCUGCCAAAAAGUUAUAUAAAAUUGUUAGGCCCCACGCCUACGGCGGACGCACAUUUCAACUUCACCAAUCACGCGAUUUUUUUUUUUUUUUUAAAUUGCCAGAGUAUUAGUAUUGUCAUUCGUUAUGUUGAAAAUGGCAACUAAUGAGUCUAAUGAAGUUGGACAUGAAAACCUUUAUAAGAAAUCAAGUGGAGAAAUUUCUCAUAUCAAGUUUGCAUCUAAAGCUGCUUUAAAAUGUAACUAACAAACAACCUUUUAAUUUUAACAUAUUACAAUAUUGAAUAUAGGCCUAUAUAAUAUAAUAUAUAAUAUAGGUUUUAUAGAAUAUAAUCAUAGGAUAGUAUAUUUCUAUAAUUUUUAAUGUUGAUAUCUUGAUGUUAAGUAUAGAAUUAUUAACAUUCCGACAGGCCUGCUCUUUUCGCAACGAGACCGGGCAUGUUGUUGUUUCAUUUUCAUAACGCUAAUGAGAGACUGGUAAAAUUAGUUUAUUUUAUUGAAAUUUUAUCAAAUAAUUUUAAUAAAAAGUAAUUUAACCAAGAUUACCAACAAUAUAAUAUAAAAUUAAUCCCCAAUAAUUAUUUUUUUGAAUUACUUCUAUACCCUUGAGUUUGAGAUUCUUAAAAUUAAUAACGAAGUGUCUACACGUCCGCGCGCCGGACGUGUAGUGCGCAAGAUACACGUCCGGCGACUUGUCACGUGACCGCCGGACAUGGCCGGACGGCUAGUAGUUUUUAUAAUUCCAAACGUAGUACGAUUUAGUACAUCUUGUCUGGUCUUGUGGUAGAGUGGUUGCUUGACGAUAGGAAUGUUUGAGGAUCUAUACCGGGGAUAGGGUCGUUUUUUUUCUUCCCAUUUUAAUUAAAAUAUUUUGUAUAUAUUUAUAUUAUCAUGUUCCUCAGCAACAGUAGUUUCAUGAGAAGUUUUUAAAUAUUUUGUAGCAAUUGAAAUAAUUUAAAAUGAAAUCUUUAACUUUUAUUGGUUGCCACACUGGCCCCUAAUUUAUUUUAUGGAUUACUGGUACACAAAAAAUAACAAACUAAACAAAAAUGUUUACAAGCCACUUUCACUUAAGUUUCUUUUUCUAUUAUUUGCAUUCAAGAUACUCAGUACAUUACUUGGUAGAGAAAUAGAUUUUAAAAUUAACAAUAGUUUUGAAUUAUUCGCAGUCACGCGAUAAGGCUGACCGACACGAUAUCUCUCGCCACUUUGUUACGGCGGUCAUGUGACUUGGUCGCCGGACACAUAGUGCGGGAGAUAGACGUCCGGCGCGCCGGACGUGUAGACACUGCCAAUUAAUAAAAUCAAACAUUUUCCUACCAACCGCCAUGUUAGACAACAGAAGUAACCUGAAAUUUAUACGGGCCAGUAUAAAUAUCUUGUUUGGGUACAAUGUAUCAAAAUGAUUUUUACUACUUAAUAAUAAGAUAAUGUAUCAGUAUGUAUACUAAUAGGAAAAAUAAGUAACUUCCCAUAACAAAACAGCCAAAAUCUACACUCUGAAACCAUUUUCUACACAUUAAACAGCCUUGGCCUAUAAAGGAAAGGAAAACAUUAAGCCAUUCAUAGGUAGAGCUCGCUGUCAGCUCACAUUAAUGUGUGCAAAACCAUAACGGUAGUUUAUCAAUCUGAACAAAGAAAAGAUAUUCCCUAUGACUAUCCUUUCCAUUAACAUAUAUAUUUUCUUUAAAAAAUAUGACUUAUUAUUCAGUUAUAAAAUUAGACUAUUUACUAGUUUCAAAUUCCUUAGGUUGAAUAAGUAUUAUAGCAAACUGAAAUUUAGCUGAAUUAGCUGCUGUGGCUGUGGUAAAAAUUAAUGAUUUAUGCAUCUUUCUCAUUUUAAUACAAAAUGUUGUUAUUUAUUGAUCUCAGCAUCACAGCUCAAGCAAAGAGAAAGACUUAUCACCCACAAGCGUCUCAAAAUUGAAAGUUUGGAAAAGGCAGAUUUAGUUCUGUCUAGCCAAGAAGAAAGAGAAAAGGUCAGAGGCUGUUUCAGAUAUCAUUAUGAAUGUGUGAACCACUGAUGGGAGACAAGUAGUAAACUUAAUAUUUAUUGUGCAUAUUAGAGUGAUGGUACUUAAGAGGUCUGGCCAAUCAGAGUGUUUGAAUAAUAUAAUAGAAAAAUAAAGAUAAUAACGGAGGAGUGAACAGAGACUGUUGACAUUAUCAGGAUUUUUUAAAUAACAUUUAAGUAAAAGAAGAUUUAUAUUAUGGAAGUAUAAUAGGAAUCCAAAUUUGUUUGAUGUGAUUCAAAGUAUCUUCAUAUUUCUGUGAAACAUAUUUAUUAUUUAUUAUUGGCAAUAUUGUGAUUGUCCAAAUUAAAAUUUAUCACUGUUUGAACCUCAUCAUCUUGAGUAUUCUUUAUAACUAUAUAUAGCAGUGACAAAGACUUAAAUGUUAUAAUGAUGAGACAUUAAUUUGAAAAUAAAAAUGUUUAAAUUGGAUUCUUUAUUGUACAAAACUACAGUGUCAUAUCCAGUGAAUUGUAUUUUAUACAAAUAGUCAAAUAACCCACAUAUUAAUGGGGAAAAUUAAAUGGAGUCAGAUCAUUUCAAAUUUAAAUAUAAUUUACUUUUUGUUGGGUAAGGUUCUAUUUUAAUUAUUUUUAAACAAUUUGUAAAAAUCUUUGCAAAUUUUUGUAUUUAUAUUUUUUUUAAAUCUUUUAUUUAGAUCUAUUACUAAUUGGGAAACUUAAGUAUUAAUAAUGAUGUAUUGUAAAUAUAUUAUAUUAACAUAAUAAAAUGUACAAGCCCAUCAACACCGCUGUCACUUAAGUUUAAAGUUAAUCUGGUAUCUCAGCUUAGUUAAUUAAAACAAACAUUUUUUAAACCAAUUUUAGGUGGUGAAUGCAACAAGAUUGUUGAAGCAUGGAAAGAAAGCGGAAGCCCUAAGAAUAUUACACAGAAGUUUCUCAAGACAUUUUGAAAACGCUCAAACAUUUAUCAGGUAAUCAUAAAAUAUUUUUUAUCCCGAAGUAUAAGUCUUUGUUUUACCGAGCCUCUUGAAUAACAAUUUUUUUUUAUUAAUCUUCAAAUUGCAGUAACAUUUUUGUUUCUCAAAUAUCUAAAGAAUUUGAAUUUUAAGGUUCAUUGUUUUAGAUUGGCUAUAAUUUUUGUUUUUAAUUUUAAAGAUAACCUAUUCAGACUAAUAAAUUAAACUAAGCAUCAAAUGAAGUUUUAGAAUUUGUUUAUUAAGGCCAUGAUCAUGAGAUGGAUUAUAAAAAGCCUUUUCGAAUUCAACUUCAAUCUAGACUGUUUGCCCAUAAAUACAAUCACUUAGUUGCAUUCAAGAUAGGAUUUAAAUAUCACAAGGCACUAUCUCACUCAUUGUUCUAUUUGAAUGUAUGCAUUGAACAUUAUUUUUUUUUGUUUAAAUUUUUUUUAAUAAAGAAAAUAUUUACUGAAGCUUAUCUCAUUCAUGAAUUGUUUAUAGCUGUGAGGGCCUACCAUUGCUGCAUAGCUGUUUUUUGUCUGCGGACUCUGAGAUUCUCCACGCUGCAGCUUGGUGUGCCAUCAAUUUAUCAGCUGGAAGCUGUGAUGUCACGCAGAGAAUCAUGUCCCUCUCCCCCACACUGAUUCAGUUUCUACAAGGCAAUGAUGCAGUGAUGCAGGUAGGAAAUGAACAAAGCUUGUUUGUCACUACGCUGAAAUUUGUCAUCUUUGCAUUGUUUCUAGAACUUCAUCUUAAAAUGAUAACGUAACAGUGAACAUACCUAACAGAAUUUUUCUAUUCCUCAGGAGCUUUGUGCCUGGGCCAUAGCAAACCUGGCCGGAGAUUCCCAAAUCAAUAAGAGAACAUUGCUUGAACAGGGCUGCAUACCUUAUCUAGUUGAUUUAAUAUCAGUAGUAAGUCCUUCAACUGUUUGAAGAAAAUUGCUUAAAAUAUUUGUAUUUUACAUUUUUUUUUUAAUAAGCAUUAAAUUGUUCUUCACAUUUUCCUUAUAAAAAUGUUCACUCUCAUGCAAUUUCCAUAUACGCUAUUAGACUACCCUAAAAAUUUUAGACACAUAAUUUGAGAAAUGGAAUUGAACUAGUUUUCAGUCGAGAUUUAUUUUUGGUAUAAGAAUUAGAUUUUCUUUCACUGAUUUCUGAAUUUUUAAAAAGUAUCACCUCAUAAGGAAUGUGCUUUCUUUCUUCAUGGGGAAAAGACUAAUGCACAUUUUGGCUUUUCAUCUCCUUAAACGAUGACAUUUAGAAACUGUUGUGUUAUGUUGUAUUCCAGUAACUCACCAUGUUUGCAAUACAUUGGUUAGUAUUUUUAUUUGUUUCAGAAGCACCAAAGGGAUUUAGAGGCAAGGUCACAGAGUGUUUUGUUUGCACUUAUUAACUUGGCGAGGGACACCGAUUAUACAUGUCUUCGGUCAGUAUCCAUUUCGAAAUAACGGAAGUGUACAUUUGUAAGAAUAACACAAAGUUUAUUUUGAAACAAACACGAGUUUUUAAGGAUCAUGGGACGAGAUCCAGGAGUCACUACCAAUAGGGUUUAAAAAAUAAAGUUACCACAUAUAUUUAAAGAAUUAUUUUGGAACAAUCAGAAAUGAAACUGAAUUAUUUCAUUAGGGGAAAAGCUAAACGUUUGUUAAAUUUUUUGUUUAAAAUUGUUUAAAAUUCUUUUUCUUUUAAUAUGUGUAAGGUGUAUGCAGGAAGGUGCCAUAUAUCCUCAUGUUGUGGCAGUGCUGAAAGAAACACCUCCCACCAGUGACAUAUGCUAUGAGAUAGGAUGGCUGGUAAACUGUAUCUAUGCUAGGUAAAUAUAUAUGCAUCAUACAACAUCUUGUCCAUCUGACACACUUUAUGAAGUUUGCAUACAUGGCAUCCUUCCGUCUUUGCGAGACGAUGGAGCAGCUAUGGACACUUCAUCAAAUGGCUAAUGAGGCUGAUCCUGGAAUGACACUUAUGGCUGCAUUUCUUUCAGGACAACCUUGACACCAGGUUAAAUUUUGCAUUCCAUAAUGUUCUUUUUUUUUUUCAAGGGCUCUAUUUUGCGCAAUUCUCACCCUUUGACUCCUUCAAACACUGCUGUUCGCCAGCUGGAAAAAUGCUCAGCGAUAAUCUCACAUUAGUUGAUUUCUAACCUUGCCUUGCAAAAAAGCCCUGCUCCUCAUGAAGUGUCAUUGCCGUGGCAGCUACUUAGCCUGGGCGAUGUUUUAUGGAGACCAGCUGUGGGCUGUUGUUUUAUAGAGACCAGCUGUGGGCUGUUAUUUUAUAGAGAUUAGCUGUGGGCUGUUUUAUGGAGACCAGCUGUGGGCUGUUGUUUUAUAGAGACCAGCUGUGGGCUGUUGUUUUGUGGAGACCAGCUGUGGGCUGUUGUUUUAUAGAGACCAGCUGUGGGCUGUUGUUUUAUAGAGACCAGCUGUGGGCUGUUGUUUUAUGGAGACCAGCUGUGGGCUGUUGUUUUGUGGAGACAAGCUUUUACUGUUGUUUUAAACUUAAAGUUUCAAAGUUUGAAUAGCCUUUUGUUAAACCUUUAAAACCUUGGCUUUUUUAAAAAUAAAACUUAUUGUCACAUUAGCUUAGUUUAUAAGAAAAUAAAACAAAUCUUCUGAGUAACUUAUAUUUUAAAAUAAAUAAUAAAACAAACAGGAUUGUUUAAUUUUUCUAUAAUAAUUGUGAUUUCCUAUUUAAUUUUUUUCAUAUUAAAGACCUGAGACAUUUGCUGAAUACAAAAGCCAGUUUAUUCCAGUGCUGUCCCUGGUUAUUAGCAAACUGUCACAGAUUGUGCAACUUAUUGAUCAAGCACAAAGAGAGAAGGUUUGUUAAGUUUAACUUUAAAAAAAAGUUUUAAAUGGUUUUACAAUAUUUGAGCAUUUGUGUCAUAGACGGUUCAUCAAUUUCUCAUAUAAAACUAUAUGUGAUAGAGGAAUAUCCAGUAACAUUUUUGGUUUGCAUAUAAUAUAAGGAGGUUUAAAGCAGGGGUCUCAAACUCGUGGUCCGCGGGCCCUUUGCGAUAUUUUGUGGUCCGCUAUAUGACAGAAAAGUUUAGUGCAAUGCGGCCUGCAAGUUUUCCCCAUUCACAUAUCUAUAAUGUAACUCUCCGCGACAGUUUCGGUCAAAUCUCACAGACUAGUCUAAUUCUGAUUUUAGUUGUUUUUUUUAUAGAUUUAGACGUUGAUAAUAAUAAUAAAAGCCGUUUCAAAAGCGGACUAAAAGUUUUUAUUUGAUAGAAUUUUAUGAGACAAACGUGGCCAAAGUGCGGCUUUGAGAAAAGUUUAAAAAUUCAGUUAGUGGGUAAUGUACAACCAUAAUUGUGUAAAAUCGUAGCAAUCUGACACAGUCUCAAAGAAUCCCUAUUAAAAUUGCCCCUGCUGUUAACGAGUGACGGAAUUUUUGAGCAUUUCAGCUUGGUUCCAUUUCAAAAAGGGAUUAGUCAAAAAGGCCUUUUCUGCAAUAAAAAAAAAAUCAAAAUUCAUUCUCCCUACAAUAACAUCUUCCUUCGCAUCAAUAAUUCAUAAAUAUGGCCUGCUCCUGCCUACUCUUUGAACACGUUUUAGCCUUCAAAGCCUUCAUGGAUAAGGAUGGGGUGGUUGUUCCUGUGCUACGUGAUACCAAAUGGCUUAUGGACUUGGUUUUUCUUGUUGACAUUACACAGGAGCUGAAUGUACUCAACAAGAAGUUACAAGAUCAGAGGUAGCUUGUCAGUGUUGCCUAUGACAAUGUCGCGCAAUCUGCACAAAAACUUGUGUUAUGGUUCUAUGAGAAACCUCUGCCAUUUCCCAAAAUGAAAAGUACUCAUGGAUUCAGGGACACCCUUCAGCAGUGAGUAUACUGAUGCCAUUGCAAAGCUACAGGAAGAAUCUGAUCACAUAUUUUUUUACUUCAACACACAGCCACUUUUCGAACUUUUGCUGACCCUUUCUCCUUUAAUCCCCCCACUCCCCACUUGCGCUUCAAAUGGAGCUGAUUGAACUUCAGUGUAAUUCUAAGUUAAGGGAGUGAGUGGAGAAACAGACAAGCAUGGAAAAUUUAUGAGAGCAUUGCCCUCCACCUUCAGUGAGAUUUCCAGGUUGCUCAAGUAGAUCAUGUGCUUUUUUGGGAGUACCUAUCUGUGUGAAAAGCUCUUUUCCAACUAUGAAAUUUAACAAGUCAAAGUUCAGGGCAAAACUUACUGAUGAGCAUCUUCAAGCUAUACUGAGGGUCUCAGUUGCUUCCUUACUCAAGCCAAAUGUUGCUCAGCUUUGUAAGAAGAAGUGCUGCCAGGUCUCUGGCAACAAGGAGCAGGGGGAAGAAAGUGAAGCCUAGUUCUUGAGAACCUUUAAUGUUUUAUUUUGUUAUUAAUAAAGGUUGAGCAGAUUGUACCAGUUGUUCUUUAUUGAAUUUUUCGCUUUUUUUUUUUUUUUUAAACUUGAUGCGGCCCAGUCUCACUCAUACUCUACCUCCUGCGGACCCUGGAUGAUUUGAGUUUGAGACCCCUGGUUUUAAGUCUGUUUUCGAGAUUAUAAUUGAUGGAAUGCAUUCUUUUGUCCUGUCUUUUAAUUCAAGUUUAGCAUACCCUGUUCUUAUGUUUCAUUUUUGAGAUUACCAAGAAAGUUUGUAUUUGUAAGUAAAAGCCAUUGCUUCUUACCCUAUCUCUAGUUUUCAUUAAAAGCCAUUGCGUCAUACCCUAUUUCUAGUUGUUAGUAAAAGCCAUUGCUUCUUACCCUAUCUCUUGUCAGUAAAAGCCUUUGCUUCCUACCCAAUCUCUUGUCAGUAAAAGCCUUUGCUUCCUACCCUAUCUCUAGUGGUCGGUAAAAGCCAUUGCUUCUUACCCUAUCUCUUGUCGGUAAAAGCCAUUGCUUCUUACCCUAUCUCUAGUAGUAGGUAAAAGCCAUUGCUUCUUACCCUAUCUCUUGUCAGUAAAAGCCAUUGCUUCCUACCCUAUCUCUAGUGGUUGGUAAAAGCCAUUGCUUCUUACCCUAUCUCUCUAGUUGUUGGUAAAAGCCAGUAAAAGCCAUUGCUUCUUACCCUAUCUCAAGUUGUCAUUAAAACAGUCAGUAACUUUGAAAUUGAUCUCUAACCUAUUUAUUUCUAUUGCACCUCCUACAAAAGAUUUGUUAAAUUUAUCUAUCAGGUAUCAUCUAUUGAAAUAAUUAUUUUAAAAAAAAGAACUAAAAAAAAAAAAAAACUAGCUCAUAGUUAAUAGGCUGGAGGUCCUCAAAUUUUCAAAUUUAUCAAAUUGACAGUUGUAACUUCUUUAAAAUAUUACUUAUUAUCUUUUAUUAUAAUUGUAACUUCAAUAAAAGAAUUAAAUCAGGUAAGCUAAUGUGGAAUAAAGAUUUUAAAAAAAAUAAAAUUAAACAAAAAUAUAUUUUUUUAUAACAUCCAAGCAAGCUAUUGUAAACCGUAAUGAAGAUGUGCACUAACUGAUCAAAUGUUUUAUGGUUAUCUAUAUUUUCAGGUUAUUUUACCAUACAUCUACUGUAUAGGGAACAUCAUAGGUCAAAGUUCAGAUAUGGCUGCGGUUGCCAGUCAGCACAUUAGUUUAUCUACCAGCAUCCUAGCUUGUCUGACAUCUGAGACAGGGUUUGUACAGAAGGAGAUUUUAUGGAUGUUGCAGAAUUUCUUCGGUUUGUCAUUUUCUCAUCCCUUUCACAAUGAAAAAAAAAAAAAUUCAGCUAACUGCAAACAUGUACAUUAGUAAGGUCAGCAUACCUGUAAGGCAGGGGUGGGCAAACUACGUCCCGCGGGCCACAUGUGGCCCGGCAACUGAUGUUAUGUGGCCCCUGAGAGCAUUUGGAUAGAAAAAAAUUAAUUCGUUUUUAAGUUAUCUCGUUGAAUUUACAGAAUUUCAUGUAUCGUAAUGAUUGUUCUAACAUUUUUUUAUAAAAUUUCUUUCAAAUGUUCUAUUUUUUGUUACAGUAAUUGACCUUCAUAAUUUAAUGAUAAUAUGGCAAAAUAUAUAUGCGGCCCUUCAAUAGCCACUCAUUUGUCAAUGUGGCCCUAUGCAUACAAAGUUUGCUUGCCCCUGCUGUAAGGUCAUUUGUAAAAAUAAUUAAGUUUAAAAUAAAUGAUGCGAUGGAAGUGAAAAAAUUUUCUACACAAAGUUGUGUAUGGUAUAAUAAUGGGAUAAUUUAAUAAUUCUGAGGUCAACAAAAUAUGAACCCCAAUAGUUUUAAUUCAUGUCUUAAGAUAUGAGUAAAAUAAUUUAUCCAGUGUCGGUAUAUGCAAUCAAGUAUCAUAUAUUUAAUAAUAAAUAAAUAAGGCAUAUCACUUCAUUCAGUUCUCAUGCGCUGACUGGUGGUUGUGACAAAUGCCAAGUAUCGCCAUUUCUUUCUGUAAUGGCUACUUCUGUCUGCAUGAUCAGGUUUUCUAUUUUGUAGAUCAUUUUUGUGCCUUGCACAGUUUUGUUAUUCCUAGACUGUCCAUUUGAAAGUAGUGUCAGAGACAUUUCCAAAUUGUGUCUGGGUUUAUGUAUUGCUCAUACAAAUAGUUAAAAUCAUGUGCUUACAACUUGAGUUAAUAAAAUGAUUUUAUGGAUAUUUUCAGCUGAGCCAAGCUGUCGAGUCCUUGUAAUGUGUCAACCGCAGCUUUUGCAAAUAAUUUUCAAUCUUUGCCACAGUUUUGAUUUUGACAUUGCUUUCAAGGUGUGUCUCCAAACUUAUUUUCUGUCAAAAUUUUAUUUUUACUGAAGCAUAGACAUUGCUGACUCAUUUCACUCCAUAUAAUUAUAAUCAUAGUCCCUUCAAUAAUUCCUUUCUCUUAAUUUAUUAAACAGCACAGACUUUUAGUAAACCCAGGCAUCUGAAAAAUUAGGUGAUAAAACGUACAUUUUUCCUCUGAAAAAUGAUCUUCUUCAUUGUGAACACUCAAUUAAUUUGCUUGUAACUUGAAAUACUGUCAGUAAAAAAAAACUGACAUUAACUUCAGUGCAGCUUGUUUCAAUUAUCUUCAUAUUAAGUCUCCCAUGCAGACAAUGUUUAAUUCUUUUGAUAAUGUAGCUGAGAUAUAAUCACAUUUUCAGGAUGUCUAAUAAUGUUUAGAUCAUAUCUACUUGUUACUUUUAUAAAUUUAAGGUGCAAUGUAAACAAAUAAACAAUAAUAACAUUAAUAAAGGGAUUUUUCUUUAACGGCUUAUUUUAAGCAUAUUUUUACUUAAAUGCCAUUCUUAUAGAAUUAAAAUAUAUCGGAUACUGGGUACUAGCUUAUGACUGUCAUUAACAACUCCAGAUAAAAUGGAGAUUUUGGUUUUCCAAUGCUUUAAUUAUGCAUAAUCAAAACUAAUAGUCCUUCACCCAUUUUAUUUUUUAACCUCUGAUUAUUGCAUUUCUUUUUUUUGUCUUUUCCCAAUAAUACAGUCACUUUGCCUUGUUGAUGAUAUGACCAAAGUUUCUUGUCAGAUGUGUGAAUACCUACUCCACCAAGGAUUCAUCAACAUGGCUGUGGUUCUACUUAAGCAGCUGGACGUUAGAAUAGUCUAUUCCACUUUGGAUAUUCUCAUGGAUGUUGUGUCCCAAGUACCAGAAGUAUGAAUUUGAAAUCCCUGUCCUCAUCACUUCUAUACUGUAACUAAUUUCACUUGUUUCAUGUGAGCCUUACAGUCACAGUAUUAAAAUAUGAAAAUAUAUUGAUAUUAAAAUAGACAAGAUUAUGGGAAUAAACGGACAGCAUUUUUUUCUCUUCAAAAUAUUUUUUUUAAAAAUCAAUUCACGCAGGUUUGCCUAAACUGAUUUGGGUAAGACAAGAUAAAAGAUGACCUUGGUUCAUUCACUAUUAAUAAUGAACUGCUUUUUUCCCUUUUAAUUGAGCUAAAACUCCAGUGUAAACAUUGUUUUAAAGUGUAAUUUUUAUAAUGAUUUUAAAACCGGUGUCGAAGAUAACAUUUAGUAUUUCCUAACGUUCACGAGAAUAGGAAAAUGAUAAAGAUUUGAAUGUUUCAGAAUCUGUUUUUAUUGUUUUUAUUAUUUAGCUGACAGAGCCUGCUCUUUUAACUUUAAUGAAGUUGUAGCCACUGAAAUUAAUAUAAAAAAAAGGAAUAAAUCAUCAUUGAAAAUAUUGUCCUUAUUUAUUAAUCGUCAGGCCACAGUCUUGCUAGCCACAGCAGGUGCAGCUGAUCUGCAACAACUGUUAUCAACUGGAUCCACGCCAUCGGAUAUAAGAGCCAAGGCCCAGCAAUUGCUGUCUUCCAUUCAAUUAGUAACAUAACUGGAACUUUUGCUCAAUUAAAAUGUACUGAAAAAGUAAUUUUUCUGAAUUUUUCUGAAUGAAUACUAAACUUAUUGCUACUAGUUACUAGAAAUGUACUUAAGGACUGCAAGAUAAUAUACACUGCAUUGGGUCAAAGUGCAGGUAACAAGGGGUUCAACAAACUCACAUGGGAGGAAAUUGUUUAGAAUUUCAUUCUUGAUAUAAAAAAAAAAAGUUAUAUUUGAAUUUCUGUGCCAAGCCAACUGAUCUGCACAUUAUCAUCAUCACUCAGAUUCAGUAGCCAGUUGGGCAUGUGCCCUUUGGCCAGAUUUGCACUUACAAUACAUGGCCAGAUUUGUACUUACAAUACACUUGGGCUUUGUAAGUCACCAUGACCAAGAGGGGCUGAGACAUUAUCAGACAUGUUAUUUUAUGUUUUCUUUGGUAGGUAAAAAAAAAAAAAAGAUGAUCUCUGCAUUUAAAUAAAAAAAUUGAUGAGUGAAAUUUUCUAAAUAAUUUUAUCAAUAAAUUCUAUAAAUAAUAUGUAGAGGUGUGUAAAAUAUAUAAUAAAUGUCUUUAUUUCACUUCUCUUAUUGUUCUGUUUUGCUAGUACCGAGUCUAUGAAACUGAAAUACCUCAAUGA